AUGAUCAUGAUCGUCUUCCUCCUCGCCGCCGCUGCCACCGCAACUCCAUCCCCAUCGCCUCAGCCCGCAGUCGACGAGUUCGGGACCGGACUCUCAUUCCCGGUCAUCCCGCUCGAAGAAGCCCCGUCGCUGGACGCGGCCUCCAUCGACGACGUCAAAUUCGCCCUCCCCUUCAUCGACGGCGACGUCAGCGUGAAGAAGUGCUGGAACACGAUAGUGGGCGUGGAGGGAUGCGCGGGCAGUCUUCUCGAGUCGCUGCAGACUUUGCAGAUCAAGAUCGGACCAAAGUGCUGCCACGUGAUCAAGAAUAUCGGCGACAAGUGUUUUCAUAGCUUGUUCGAUAGUCUGCCGUUUAAUCCAUCCUG